AUGUCUGAUCAGAUUGAUGUUUUACUUUAUGGACUGGGGGCGAUUGGCUCCUUCUACGCCUUCAUCUUGAGUCGCUCCAGCCGGGUUAGGCUCACGGUUCUAGCUCGCUCAAAUUAUGACGCAGUCCGCACCAAUGUAAGAUACCCAAUGCAAGAGAUGUUCAAAGCUGAUACAAGUAGGGGAUUACCAUCAACAGUGAAAAUCACGGGAAACAUACCUUCCAUCCCCACCGAGGUAUUGAUACGAUCCGUCACCGAAUGCGGUCCGGUAGACUUUGUUGUGUGUGCCCACAAGGCACUUGAUCAAGUCGAGGUGGCAGUACAGCUGCGAUCAGCCAUCAGCAAGGAGACCACGAUCGUCGUGAUUCAGAAUGGAGUGGGAAACGAAGAGCCUUUUCGAAAUGAGUUCCCCAGCAACUCGAUCCUGACAUGUGUGACUUGGGUCGGGGCCACACAAACCAGUCCAGGCGUCGUGAAGCACACCAAAUCAGAGGAUAUGCAAAUCGGUUUGUUCCACAACCCGUCACUCGAUGGUCCCGUUGAACAGAAACGACUGUAUGCAUUCGCCGAUCUUCUCCGGAAUGGCCAAACGCGAUUCCAGAUUCUGGAGAACAUGCAAAUCCAACGGUGGGAAAAGGUGGUUUGGAAUGUAGCGUGGAACUCCCUGACAGCAAUCACCAUGGUGGACACACAGACCUGGCUACAUUCUUCAGAAGAUGCAACUCCAUUCACACGCCAGUUGAUGCAAGAGGUCAUCAAUAUCGCUCGUGGUUGCGGAGUCCCCCUGCAAGAUGAGCUGAUUGACCAACUGAUGGAUAAAAUCAAUGCUAUGCCCGGUAUUGGAAGCAGUAUGCAGACUGAUUGCAAGAAUGGUCGACCCAUGGAGAUCGAUGUCAUUUUGGGAUAUCCAGCACGCAAAGCCCGUGAUCUUGCAAUCCAGGCUCCGUUCCUACAAACCCUCUACGUUAUCCUACGUGCGGUGGAUGGCCGACUGAGGGCUGCACUGUAG